AUGCAUCAACAACAUGGUGUAAACGCGUCUAGCUUUAACCCCAUCAAAAUUGGUCUGCCGUCGGAGUUUGCGCUCACGGAUUACACACGCCUCAAGGGUUGUAGUUGCAAACUGCCGCAGCCCAAGCUGCUCGCCCUACUCCGCGCUGUCUCCACGACGCCAGGACAGAAAGAUGUUGGUAUGGAUUGCAGCGUCGUACAACUUUCCAAGAAAGAUGAGCUUGGAAAUCCACUGUUUAUGGUCUCCACAACCGAUUUCUUUUUCCCCAGUGUUGAGGAUCCCUACUUGCAGGGACAAAUUGGGGCCGCCAAUGUUCUUUCUGACUUGUAUAGCAUGGGGAUUGACCGUUGUGACACCGUUCUGAUGAUGUUGGCUGCAAGCACAGACAUGGAUGCUGCAGAGCGUGAAGUAACCACGCGUGAAAUGAUGAAGGGGUUUGUUGAUCAUGUCCGUCUGGCAGAAUCGGAUGUGACCGGUGGGCAAACUGUCAUGAAUCCCUGGCCCCUCAUUGGCGGCGUUGCGACAAGUGUUGUGACGGAGUCGGAAAUGGUGCGACCAACUGGACUGUGCCCUGGGGACGUGCUAGUGCUGACAAAACCUCUUGGAUGUCAGGUCGCAGUGAAUCUUAAGCAGUGGCUGCGUCGUCCAUCACCAAUUUUUUUGGAUACCAUACAAGGGAAGAUGACCACUGAAGAAGUGGAAGAACUUUAUAAUGCAGCAACGGAUGGCAUGAAACGUUUGAAUCGCAAUGCGGCCAGACUGAUGCGACAACACGGUGCUCAUGGUGCUACUGAUGUCACGGGGUUUGGUAUUGUUGGACACGCCCAUAACCUUGCGGUGGCACAGGAGAAAGAAGUGUGCCUCGUAUUGGAGAAACUUCCCAUUUACAAGGGGGCCGUAAAGGCAUCGAAACUUAUGUCGGACAAAUAUAAACUGCUCAAAGGGUAUUCCGCAGAAACCAGCGGAGGGUUACUUGUAGCAUUUGGUGAUGUUAGCGCAGCAGAGCGAUACAUAAAAGAACUUGGCGAAGUCGACGGUGAACCAGCAUGGGUGAUUGGAACCGUUCUGGCGCGCCGUGGUGAUGAUGUUCCACCGGUGAAGCUUCAGGAUGGAUACAGUAUUAUUGAGGUCUAA